AAUUAGGCUUUAAUGCUUCAAUGGGCCGCCACCCCAUCCACGUUUUUACCCUACAGAGCGUCGAAUCCUGCGUUUCAGCCGAACAAAGGAAAAUCGUUGCCCUUUGAUUCCUGCUCUUCCAAACCCUACCUUGGCAUAACAGCUUUCUUUCUCUUUCAAACCCACUCUCUCUUUUUCUCCGAUUCUCGCUCUGAUUGACGCGAAGCGAUUUCCAGGUUGAUGGUGGUUGAUUUGAUUCUUCCUUGAUAAGUUAGGGUUUUUUUUAUCAAGUGAAAAUGCCGGGGGUAAUGCCAAUUUUGCCCCUUCCGGCACCUCCUUCCGAUGGGGAUUUAGGGACAUUGCCUCCAUCUCAGGUGCCGGAAAAUCAAACUGAAGAGGUUCUAACGAAUGAGGAACAGAACAAAGCGAGCUCAAUUGCAACUCACACUAGAACUAUUGGAAUCAUUCAUCCUCCUCCUGAUAUUAGGAAUAUCGUUGAUAAAACUGCUCAGUUUGUUGCCAAAAAUGGACCCGAAUUCGAAAAAAGAAUCAUUGCUAAUAAUGCUAACAAUGUUAAGUUCAAUUUCUUGACUAGUUCAGAUCCCUACCAUGCUUAUUAUCAACACAGGUUGUCUGAGUUUCGUGCUCAGAAUCAGAACCAGUCCAACUCUCAACAGCUGGAACUGCCUUCGCAUCCGGCUGAUUCUGUUCCAACUGAGUCUGCUCCAACUGCUGCUGCUGAUGAAAAUGAUGCUGCAGCGGCAGUAGCUAAGCCUGAUCCUGCUGCACAGUUUAGACUGCCUGUGAGGAAGAAUCUUGAACCACCAGAAGCUGCUCAAUAUACUGUUAGACUUCCUGAAGGGAUUACAGGGGAAGAGUUGGAUAUUAUUAAGCUGACUGCACAGUUUGUUGCACGAAACGGGAAAUCAUUCUUGACAGGAUUGACUAGUAGGGAGAUUAAUAACCCGCAGUUCAAUUUUUUAAGGCCGACUCAUAGUAUGUUUACCUUUUUCACUGAACUUGCUGAUGCGCAUUCCAAAGUGUUGAUGCCUCCAAAGGGUUUGACAGAGAAGUUGAGAAAGAGUGUUGCUGAUAUGACAAUUGUGCUUGAGAGGUGCUUGCAUCGGUUGGAAUGGGAACGCUCACAGGAGCAGGCGAGGCAGAAAGCUGAGGACGAAAUUGAGCAGGAGAGAGCGCAAAUGGCAAUGAUCGAUUGGCAUGAUUUUGUUGUGGUUGAGACUAUAGACUUUGCUGAUGAUGAGGAUGAGGACUUACCUCCUCCAAUGACCGUUGAGGAGGUUAUAAGGAGGAGCAAGAUAUCUGCUAUGGAAGAAGAUGAAAUUGUUGAGCCUGGAAAGGAGGUGGAAAUGGAAAUGGAUGAGGAAGAGGUACAGCUUGUUGAGGAAGGCAUGAGAGUGGCUAGUAUCGAAGAGAAUGAUGGCGAAAAGAAAGAGACAAGGGCAAAUGAAGAGCCAGAACCACCAAUGAGAAUUGUGAAGAACUGGAAGAGGCCUGAGGAGAGAAUACCUGCUGAAAGAGAUCCUACCAAGUUUGUUGUUUCACCAAUAACUGGCGAGCUAAUUCCCAUUAACGAGAUGUCUGAACACAUGAGAAUUUCCUUGAUUGAUCCCAAGUACAAGGAGCAGAAAGAAAGGAUGUUUGCAAAGAUUAGGGAGACAACACUUGCUCAGGAUGAUGAGAUAUCAAGAAACAUUGUGGGACUUGCACGCACACGUCCUGAUAUAUUUGGUACCACAGAGGAAGAAGUUUCUAAUGCUGUCAAAGCUGAGAUUGAGAAAAAGAAAGAUGAGCAACCAAAACAGGUUAUAUGGGAUGGUCACACUGGAAGCAUCGGACGGACUGCAAAUCAGGCUUUGUCUCAAACUAUCAUGGGAGAGGAUCAAAAUGAUGCUGCUGACAGCAAUGCACUGAACCUUCUUGGUCCUGCUGCUCCUCCACCUCGCCCAGGUUAUCCAGCAGUCCGUCCCCUACCCCCACCACCUGGUCUAGCUUUAAAUAUCCCUCGUGUUCCUCCAAACCCUCCCCAAUAUUCUGCAGCAUCUAGUGGUGGGCUUCCUAUGCCGCUAUCCCAACCUCGUCCACUGGGUGUUCCCAUGAUGCCUACUAUGCGUCCAGCACCACCUCCAAUGCAGAUGGCAUCUAACCAACCACCCAUGAUGAUGAAUCGACCACCCCAAAUGCCUCUAUCAAUGUCCAUUAACCCAGCUAAUAUUCCUGUACCCCCUCCACCAGGUUCUCAGUUUACCCCUCUGUCAGUUCCUCGACCAUUCGCCCCUCUUCCUGUCCCACCACCUGCUAUGCCUAUGAUGCAGCCACCUCCACCUUUGCCCCAAGGAAUACCUCCUCCACCGCCACCUGAAGAAGCUCCUCCACCGCUUCCGGAGGAACCAGAGCCAAAGAGACAGAAGCUUGAUGAUUCCAUGCUCGUUCCAGAAGAUCAGUUCCUUGCUCAACAUCCGGGACCUUCACUCAUUACUGUGUCUGUUCCCAACCUUGAUGAAGGAAAUCUCAAAGGACAACUUCUUGAGAUCACAGUGCAGGCCAUAUCAGAAACAGUUGGCAGUUUGAAGGAGAAAAUUGCUGGGGAGAUCCAGCUUCCUGCAAACAAACAGAAAUUGAGUGGAAAAGCAGGGUUUCUGAAGGACAAUAUGACCCUUGCAUAUUACAAUGUUGGAGCAGGAGAAACACUUGCUCUUUCAUUGAGGGAACGUGGUGGUAGGAAGAGGUGAUGAGUUUUUGAACGAGACCAUCCAAGAUUUGGCAUUUUGGCGAGCCUUUCAGGGGCAAUGGAAAUAGAGGAAUCCUUUUGCUUAGGGAGACAAGUUACCCCGUUAUGUCACUUAGCUAUUGGUUCCCUUUUGAUAUGCACUUGGUUUACUACUUGUAUUAUGAUCUAAAAUAUUUGCUGAGUACCCAUGUUUAUGAUCAUUAAAGCGUCGUAAAGUUUAUAUCGUGGUAAAUUUAGUGACAUUUGGGUCUUUUCCCAGAAGUUUAUAUUUUGUAGGUAGCACUAUUGUGUGCCUCUCCAUGGUGUGUCGCCAGGGGCUUUGCUGAGCAAUACCUCCUCAUGAUGUGUUACCAGGGAGCAGGGGCUGAUGCCCUUAGAAUUCUUAUUCAAUUUUCUGCUCUUUUACUCUUACUAGAUUUGGUAAGUAAUGAUGCAACGGUAUUUCCGAUCUCCUUACUUUCUCACUUCAGAAAAGCUAUUUGUUUGGACUCCCGGCCCCUGGUAUGUGCAACCUGUCACAGGUAGAAGUGGCUUAUCAAUUUGUUAUUAUCUUUCCUUUGGAGCAAUUUUUUUUUUCAUUUUUUCCUGAGUUCAUAUGGUGGUUUUCUGGGCUGCCAUUUUUGCUCCUUGCAGCAUAGGCUGGGUGGUUGCAAGAUGGAGGUUCCUUUCACCCUGGACAUGGAAUUUGUGGUUGCCAUUGGUGCUUUUGUUAUUCUUUAUCUUUCUUUUAAUGCAGCAUUGAGUUUUUUACUUGCACUAAGUUUGAUUCACUUAACUUUCAUAAUUGCUAAUAAAAAAACUUUUUAAUUAAACAAAUUGUCAUAUAUCAGAAAAAAAAAAAAAAUCUCAGCAGUUCCAAAUACCGGGAUUUCAAGAUUGAAG